CGCAUUGGCGUUGCAUUCAGAGCAUUCAGAGUCGAGGACUGGCGAGGUAGAUGCACGGCGAGAGGUUAGGUUUUGACGUGAAACGUUAGCGCGCGCCUCGAUAUUAUAAAUUAUUAUAAAAUAACACAUCGUCGCGUGGCUGUGAUUAAUACACGUGUCAACAAUGGAUCCGGCUUUACUCAGAGAGCGAGAGCUCUUCAAGAAACGUGCUCUGUCCACACCAGUGGUUGACAAAAAGAAGCAGGAGAAGGACGCGACGAAAGAUGAACCGAAGAAGAAGCCGAAACCAUCGUUUGUGUCUACGGGGCCGAAAGUGAAUAUAGCCAACUAUAAGACCAUGUCGAAUAAUAAGUUCGGCGUGAUGGCGAGGAUAGUAAAGCACAUGAAAGCAAGGCACCAUGAAGGCGAUGAUCAUCCGUUAACAUUGGAAGAGAUUCUGGACGAGACAAAUCAAUUAGACGUUGGAUUAAAGGACAAACAGUGGCUGCUGACUGAAUCUCUACCAGGAAAUCCUAAGAUCGAAGUAAUCGACGGUAGAUUUGUUUACAAGCCUCCGUACAAAAUUAAAGAUAAGAAAUCUUUCCUGAGACUUCUGAAACAGCACGAUUUGAAAGGCCUGGGCGGUAUUUUAUUGAAGGACAUAGAGGACAGCUUACCGCAUUAUGAUAAACAUUUAAAAAAUUUACAAAACGAGAUAUUGUAUAUUAUGCGACCGAUUGAUAAGCAGAAGAUAGUCUUUUAUAAUGACAAGACAGCUCAAUUCCCCAUUGAUGAAGAAUUCCAAAAGUUGUGGAGAGCCGUUGGGGUAGAUUCUAUGGAUGAUCAGAAGAUAGACGAAUAUCUCGAGAAACAAGGAAUCAGGUCAAUGCAAGAUCACGGGCUCAAGAAGCCAGUACCAAUCAAACGGAAGAAACCCAUUAAUAGAAGGAAACAAUUUAAGAAACCAAGGGACAAUGAACAUUUGGCAGAUGUUUUGGAAACGUACGAUGAUUAGGAAUUUCAUGAUUGUCGUAUCGUGUUAAAUAAUCGUUUGUAUCAAACUUACAGAAUAAGUGAAAUUAAAAUAAAGUAAGAGUAUUAUUGAAUUUACUUUAUAAAUCGUUAUUAUCUCAAGUGGAAUUUUAUGAAAGGUUUUUGGACAUUUGUAUCUUUUGGUGCCUGCGCAAAUUACUUCUAUGCAACGCUACAUGUACUCCAAAUGUUUGUUUGCAUCAUAAUAACGGUAAAAUGAAAAUAAAUUAUUUAUUGCUCAACGAGUAUAGUUACGAUUUAUUUUAAGCAUUAUAUAAUAAAUAAGUAAAACAUUUAUUGUUACUUCACGUUGUAAAUACAAAAUAAAUAUAGAAUUGUGUAAGCU